ACAACACCAGAGGCAGACGUAUCCCCUCGGGUUUUACAGGCUAAGGAAACGCUGGCUAUAGGAACCAGAACCUUAUGCAUCUUUCGAAAGCCAUUAUACAAUCAUUUCGCAGCAACACCAGAGGCAGACGAGUAUGAGAAGUAUGUUACUUCGCUAAAAGAAGUUUUGUCAAAUGGAAAAAAAAAUGGCAGAGGAAAUUUUGCUCGAAACAUUGAGGAUGGCGACCUCAACAUUCGAGAAGAAAAAGCUAAAACUCAAACUGCACAAGUUGUUUUGCAAGAGAAAGAAGAACAAAAUGCUUGCCAAACUAGAGCUAUUAACACGGAAACUUCUCCAGAGUUUUCAUCAGACUCAGACUCUGAGUUUUGGACAUCCAUUAUGCUUACGAAUGUCUUUCUAGAUUCUACUUAUUCACAACAAAAAACACCCAUUGAUACGAAUGCCAUUGAUUCAAGCCAAUCUUCAAAGGUCGAAAGUCAAAAAACGACCAGAAAAUACAUAAACCGUGACUUAGCGGAUGAGGUCUUAAAAUCGUAUCAGAUGCAAGUAAUGCCGGGUGAUAAGUUGAUAUAUGACAAUGUCGAUGUAUUGAAAUUCGCCUGCUCAAAAAUGAAGAAAACAGACAUAUCAAAUAGCCCUUUAUCAAUUGGCGUUCUCAACAUUCACAACAACAGUUGUACUAAAUUCUUACCGAUCAAUUUCAAACAAUUUAUAUCCGAUCAGAUCCAAGAUUGUGAAGCGAAAGCUGUCUAUUUUACUGAAAACCGAUCUAUUAAUAAAUUUAUGGUGGAUUGCGAGGAAGAUGUGUUGAACUUCUUGGAGGAGUUUCAAGACAUAAGAGAUUUAGAAUCGUUAGCAAAAUGUUUAAACGAGAAUCCGAUCAAUAUGUCCACUGCUUCUAACGACCUUAUUUUUGCACGAAUCCUUUUCGACCAUUUUUAUUUCCUAUUCAAAAACGAUACUUUGCUCCAACCAAUGUCUGAACACGAGUUCACUAAGUUGCGGAGAGCUUGCAUCAAAUCGUAUGAAAAACUAAAAGAAAUACUUAAUGUUGCCGGUCGUGGUGGUCCGAAGCUGGAUGGAAAAGGUUUUCUGAAAUCGUUAGGGACUGAGAUUAUCGCACAGGAAGACGGUGUUUUAAACACUUUUGUCAAACGGAAAGUGGAUCUCCAAAAAUUGGAGUACUGUUCUAAAGUCAUACUUACGGCGUUGUACUUUGCGUUACCCUCAACCACAAAAUCCAGCAUAGCAGACAUUGAAAUAUAUACCUUACAGUCCAAUGAGUUUCGCCUUAAAAUUUCAGCAUCGAAAUACUUAUUUGAGAAUAUAAUAAUUACUAUGGACUUACAGCACAUUGAAAUUCCGAGAACAGUGGAAGGGUUUUCAAAAUUAAUAGUAGGUGUUAAAACCAUUCUAUCCUGGAAAGCGAGGACCAAGAAGAAUACUAUGAAAUUCUAUGAAGCACUAAAUAAAGGACAUAAGCGCUUGACCAACGGAGCAUUUUUUUCGCCAGUUAAAAUAUCCAUAUAG